AUGAAAGCAAGCCUUUCCGCCACCCUUACUUCCCUGUUGGUCCAUGCAGGGACUGUUCUGUCUGGACCAGUCUUUGCAGCCGAUGAUCUUUUGUCAUUGCGCGAUUCGAAGUUGAGGAAACGUGCUGAAUGUGGUCUUGGCAUUGGUUCGUGCAAUCCUGGAUCCUGUUGUUCAGAGAGUGGCUUCUGCGGAACAACCGGAGACUUUUGUGGUGGUUCUGCUUGCCAGCUCGAGUACAGCGAUUCGUGUGAUACUUUACAAGAUCUUGUAUCUUCGAAGUCCUCGUACUGCAGUAACGGACAUGAAGCUGACACAGAGACCAGUUUCGGGCCUCGUGGAAGCAGCACGGAAGGAAUCUCUCGACCACGGCUUGGCAAUGUUCCGUAUGAAACAGGCACUAUCAUCACAACUUGCACUGCACCCGGUGUGAUUGCUCUGACAUUCGAUGAUGGCCCUCUUGAGUACACCAAUGACCUUUUGGAUCUUUUGGAUGACAGAGAUAUCCAGGCUACUUUCUUUGUGGCCGGAAACAACAGGGCCAAGGGACAUAUUGACGACUCGUCCAAACCAUGGCCCGCUGUGAUGAGACGCAUGUACUCUGCAGGUCAUCACAUCGCCAGCCACACUUGGACUCAUCGCAAUCUCAACGAGGUCAACAGCACUAUCCGAAGAUCUGAGAUGAUCUACAAUGAGAUGGCCUUCCGAAAUCUCUUUGGUUGGAUUCCGACCUACAUGCGGGCGCCAUACCUCGAGUGCAACGCCGCAUCUGGUUGCCUCGAUGAGAUGUCCGAACUUGGCUAUCAUGUUGUGGACCAGAACAUUGACACUAAAGACUACGAGAAUGACAGCCCUGCUUUGAUCCAAAUCUCUAAAGAUCGUUAUUCUUCUGGAGUCUCGUCUAACUCGGAGAACAACCAGUAUAUUGUUCUGGCGCAUGAUGUCCAUGAUCAGACUGUUCACAAUUUGACUGCUUCCAUGAUCGAUACUGCCCAAGAUCGUGGAUACAGGCUUGUUACUGUUGGGGAAUGUCUUGGUGACCCUCGGGAGAACUGGUACCGAACUGUUUCCCGAGGCAGAGAUGCCACAUCGACUGAGUCGGCUACCACUACCCGAACUGUCCCUCCUACCAACGUGUCGGUGACAACGAACACAGCUACUGCUACUGGUGGUCUUGAUACACUUGUCAGGGGUCAGCCUUCGGAAGCUGCUGUUCCUGGUAUGGUUACUGUGGAUCGAGUGAAAGUUACUGUGGAACAGGCUGUGAUACCGACUUUGGGUCGUGCACGCCUUCCGGAGGUGACAUUCACGACACUACCAACGGCCUUUGUGGUCCUGGCGUCAGGGCAUCAUGCGGAAACUACGGUGACAAGACCUGCUGCUCUCAGUACGGGUUCUGCGGCAAUAGUGCUGCUCACUGCGGAGCUGGUUGUCAGGGGGGCUUUGGAGAGUGUAACUGAUGUGUAUGAUUAUCCAUCAAUAGGAUGUUGA